AGCACAGCAAACUUCACUUCCCCCGCCCGGACCUGGUCCGAGUUGAAAGGGGUGCAGCACAGCCAACUGCUCCCGGUACUCUCAUGAUCCGUACUCACCUAUACACACUCCUUCGAUCCUUGCAGGGAGGAGAUGUAAGCCAAGGCUGACCCUAGGCUGUCGAUCCUGCUUAUUCCCACAAGGGAUGGAGGCUUUGCUUUAACCGCCUUCCUGUGUCGAGCAACCUCUUGACCAAUGCUCAACUACUAUAUUACGUCGCUUACUCAAUUUUCGACCGUCUUUGAGUUUGAAUAGUGUUUAAAUGGAUGGUGGUUGAAGAAGAAAAAACAGCAGCAGCAAGUACGGCAGCAGCGAUAACAGCAACGGCAACGGCAACAUGGCGCUGCAGGCGGUAACGUUUCCGAUAAUGACGAUAGUCAAAAAUCACUUGAUUGUCAACUGCGUCUUCGUCUUUAUAGCCCUCUUUAUAGUUGGCCUUCGACUGUUUGCCCGAUUCAUGUCUGGCGCAAAGCUUUGGUGGGAUGAUUAUCUGAUUCUCUUUUCGGUGCCCCAGGGCGUUGGGAUGCUCGUUAUCCAAGGACUUUAUGCGCCUAUGGGAGUUGGCCGUCCCAUCACCGAGACGUUACCGAAUCUUGUCAUCAUCUUGCAGUUGACGCUCUCGUAUGCGCUGAUAUACACAUUGUGCAUUAGCACCGUGAAACUCAGCGUCCUCUUUUUCUAUCUCCGAGUUUUCCCAAACAAGCACAUGCGAGUUGCAACAAAGAUAGUGAUUGCAUUCAUCUCCGUGUGGGCGUUGGCGAACAUUCUCAUGUUCCUCCUGCUCUGCCAUCCUUUUGCGGCGAGUUAUAACCCUGCCAUUCCAGGAGGCAAAUGUGGAAAUCAAGUCUCGGCAUUCAUUGCGGUCGGCGUCUAUAACAUCAUCAGCGACUUUGUUGUUCUCACCCUCCCGCUGCGCACAAUCUGGACGCUGAACACGAAAAAACAGAUGAAGCUCUCGUUGACGGCGAUUUUCUUGGUUGGUCUAUUGGUGUCUGCCGUCGCCGUUGCUCGAAUCAUCACCUUGACACACCUGGAAUUGGCAAACAUAACGGGCACCAUGGUGUGGGUGGACUUUCUCUCGACGCUCGAAGUCAACCUUGGUAUCAUCUGCGUGUCGUUACCCAUGCUGGGCCCCCUUGUUUCAAGAUGGAACAAAACGCGAGGCGCGAGCAAAUUGGGCAAUUACAACCAGUCUGAGCGAUCAGGGCAAUCAGGCUCGAAGCUUUCCAGCCGGAAAAAACAACCAGGUCCUGACACAAUCGCCUUGCAUUCGAUAUAUGACCAUGGCGAAGACACAAUCCAUGCCGCAACAGUGUUCGCCCCAGAGGAACAAAGUCCGAAUGCAAGCGAGACGAACCUAAGUCCUCAAAAAGCGUCUUCUGCGCUGGACCGCCCUGGAGCAAACCGUAUUGUCGUCGAAAGCAGGUGGGAGAUUAAGCGCUCUUGAGGAUAGUCUUUUUAUGAAUUGCUUCGUUUAUCGGAUGCCAAAUUGCUCCAAAGCAACACGAUUGCUGUGACCAAGUUUCGAUAUUCAACUUGAUGGACAACAUCCACUGCCUGGCAUUUGCAAGUUGCGAGCAACAGGCGUUUCUUUUGUUCUUUUCUUCUUCUUCGGAUAGGGAUAUAAUGGAUGACAGGCGCCUCACAAAUAUAUACCCGAGGCUUGAACUGGUCAUAUUUGACG